UGAGCAGAUGCAGAAGUUUCCGAUUGCUGUCAAAACCUGAAAUCAUGUGCAGUAGUACCAACUCGAUUAGUGAUCCAGGUUAUUGCAAAAUAGGUUUCCCUCCUUAUAUUAUUUUUCUAAGAGGAUAAAACAAACCUUUUGGAAAUGGCCAACAUUGUUUGUGCUAUCAACAAGAUGAGCUGCUUUGCCAAAGAAUGUAUGAACUCCAGUUGCUAUCACAACUCCUUCUAUUUCGCCUUGUUUGCAAGUUGAGCCAGAGUAUACUCCAUCUCCAGGACUCUUGGUCACAGGAAGAGACUCUCCAGUCAAAGCAGCCUGGAUCUCCUUCAAGAAGGCGGGCAUCAGCAGGAAUGAUAUCGCCAAGCUUGAUGCUGACUAUGUCUCCAGGCACCAAA